GCCCACACACGCGGGCGCUGACGCACGAGACCGCCCUCCAUGGCGACGGCCACCGCGCUCUCCACCUCACUCCCGCACCUCCCGCCCCGCCGCGUCACGUCAUUCCCCUCAUCCUCCGCCGCCGUCCCCCUCCACUCCCGUGCCGCCCGGCUGCGGGAGUCCCGCCUCGCGGCCGUGGCUCCGACGGCCUCCGAGGUCCUCGACUCCACCAAUGGCGCCAUCCCCACUGCUUCGAAGAGCGGCGCGGCCCGCGGGUACGGGAGGGAGUACUUCCCCUUGGCUGCCGUCGUAGGGCAGGAUGCUAUCAAAACCGCUCUGCUGCUUGGGGCGAUUGACCGUGAGAUCGGAGGCAUUGCCAUCUCAGGGAAGCGUGGGACAGCAAAGACGGUGAUGGCUCGUGGCUUGCAUGCUAUGCUUCCACCCAUCGAAGUGGUUGUUGGCUCCAUAGCAAAUGCGGACCCUAACUCCCCAGAUGAAUGGGAGGAUGGUUUAGCUGAUCGUCUUCAAUAUGAUGCUGAUGGUAAUGUCAAAACUGAGAUUGUUAAAACACCUUUUGUGCAGAUCCCACUUGGUGUGACUGAGGAUAGGCUCAUUGGAUCAGUUGAUGUUGAAGCAUCUGUGAGAUCAGGGACUACUGUGUUUCAACCUGGUCUUCUUGCUGAAGCUCAUAGAGGUGUUCUUUAUGUUGAUGAGAUAAAUCUGUUGGAUGAUGGCAUAAGCAAUCUACUUCUGAAUGUCUUGACGGAGGGAGUUAACAUUGUGGAAAGAGAGGGCAUUAGCUUUCGUCAUCCCUGCAAACCACUUUUAAUUGCUACUUACAACCCGGAGGAAGGAUCUGUACGUGAACACUUACUUGAUCGUAUUGCAAUUAAUUUAAGUGCUGAUCUUCCAAUGAGUUUUGAUGACCGCGUUGCAGCCGUGGAAAUUGCAACACAGUUUCAGGAGUCUAGCAAAGAGGUUUUCAAAAUGGUGGAAGAAGAAACUGAAGUUGCAAAAACUCAGAUAAUUUUGGCAAGAGAGUAUCUGAAGGAUGUUAAUAUUAGCACAGAGCAGCUCAAAUAUCUUGUCAUGGAAGCUAUACGAGGUGGCUGUCAGGGGCACCGUGCUGAGUUGUAUGCUGCUCGAGUGGCAAAAUGCCUUGCUGCUAUGGAAGGACGUGAAAAAGUAUUUGUGGAUGACCUCAAGAAAGCUGUAGAGCUAGUCAUUCUACCUCGCUCAAUACUAUCUGAUAACCCACAAGAUCAACAGCAAGAGCAACCACCCCCACCCCCACCCCCACCACCUCCAGAAAAUCAAGAUUCUUCAGAAGACCAAGAUGAGGAGGAAGAGGAUGACCAAGAGGAUGACGAGGAAGAAAAUGAACAACAAGACCAGCAGAUACCUGAGGAGUUCAUAUUUGAUGCUGAAGGUGGUUUAGUAGAUGAUAAGCUCCUUUUCUUUGCUCAGCAAGCACAGAGACGGCGAGGAAAAGCUGGGCGAGCAAAGAAUGUCAUAUUCUCAGAAGAUAGGGGUCGAUACAUAAAACCUAUGCUUCCAAAGGGUCCAGUAAGGAGGUUAGCUGUUGAUGCCACGCUUAGAGCAGCCGCACCAUACCAAAAACUGCGCAAAGCGAAAGAUAACGACAAGACAAGAAAGGUUUUUGUUGAAAAGACUGACAUGAGAGCCAAAAGAAUGGCUCGAAAAGCAGGUGCUCUGGUCAUAUUUGUUGUGGAUGCUAGUGGUAGCAUGGCUCUGAAUCGUAUGCAAAAUGCAAAAGGUGCGGCAUUGAAGUUGCUUGCGGAAAGCUACACCAGCCGAGAUCAGGUUUCAAUUAUUCCUUUUCGUGGAGAUUAUGCUGAGGUUUUGCUACCACCAUCAAGAUCUAUAGCAAUGGCCCGGAAACGUCUUGAGAAGCUACCAUGUGGUGGUGGUUCUCCCUUAGCUCAUGGUCUCAGUACAGCUGUCAGAGUGGGUUUGAAUGCUGAGAAGAGUGGGGAUGUCGGACGAAUUAUGAUUGUUGCAAUCACCGAUGGAAGAGCUAAUGUAUCACUGAAGAGGUCCACUGAUCCAGAAGCUGCUGCUGCUUCAGAUGCACCAAGACCUUCUACUCAAGAAUUAAAGGAUGAGAUACUUGAGGUGGCUGGCAAAAUAUACAAGGCAGGAAUGUCGCUUCUUGUCAUUGACACUGAGAACAAGUUUGUAUCUACAGGAUUUGCCAAGGAAAUUGCAAGGGUUGCCCAAGGAAAAUACUAUUACCUGCCCAAUGCUUCAGAUGCUGUGAUUUCUGCUGCCACCAAGACCGCCCUGACAGACUUGAAGGGUUCAUGAUUUCGGACAUGGGCACCCCUAUUCUGUACCAUCUGAUGAGUAGCGAGCCUUCGUUUGUGCAGAAACUGUGUUGCUAUGUUCAAGGUCAAGGCUUGGGGUGGGCGUUUCGGCUCUCGUCUUGUGACCAAUUUUGGUGUAGGUCUCUACCAUGUAAUGCAGGAAAAAGAUUCUGAGCAUGGCAUUGUGUAACGAUUGAAUGCCCUUCUCCCUAAUGUUUGGCAAAUGUAAAUCUGUCGCUUUUGUGUUGGGUAAUCCGUCACAAAGCUCGAGUAAGGGGUGUUUGGAUCCAUGGACUAAUUUUUAGUUCGGGUCA